AUGGCUCAUCCAGUGCGUGAGCCAGUGGCUAGCUUCGAGUAUGACAUGGGGGGGCAGGAUGGGGCCCUCACCUUUGAUGAGGCGGUGAACCAAGUGGGCUCCAAAUUGGAGCAGUUUUGUGAUGUCAUCCCAAACCAUCCAGGCACAAUCUCGCAGCAAUUCUUCGAUGAUGUUGUCUAUAAGAAGUGCGCACAGGGUCUCUACAAGGAGCUACCCGAGCCUUGGCGUCUUCGCAAAGAACCUUCUGUGCCCUACAGCAUGCAGAUUGUCAUCCUGCCUGAUCCAUCAACUCCCAAUGCAGAGAAUGGUGCCCGGGAAAGUGUCCUCAUUUUCAAGCACGUCUACCUCCACAAAAACAAGCUUCCAGUCAAGGACUGCUCAGAUUGUUGCUGUGGAAUGGCCAUGAAGUUUGAUUGGGGAACCCAUACCAGGGUGGCAUUGAUGACAUUCAACUUCAUGUUGGAUAAGGUCGGUGGCAAGCAAAUUCGGUUCUGGUGUGUUCAGCCCAAGUUCCAGAAGAAGCUCACGAUCGACAACCAGGCCCGUGCAGACGGCUACCGCUUCAUUAGGGACCAAGGCCCACGUGCCAAUAACCAGAACCAAUUCAUGGAAUGGACGGACGAACAGAUCCACACCCCAGGGAGUCCCAUUGAAGGAUGGCAGGAAGGCAAAGUCAACCAGGCCUUGCACAAUUACAUGCGCGGACGGCAAAAUGCCAAAACCUUGGAGUACUGGCCUUUCACCCUUAAGAGCUUCGUCGAUUGGUUCUUUGAUGGCGUCCUUGUCACCAUGUUGCCCUCCAUCCGCCAGCAUGGGAUCACAUGGAUAGGCAGGACACGAACUGGGAAGUCGCUUGGGUCCAAGACCAUUCUCUUCGCCCAGUCCAAGUUUGAGAUCGACCGGGAUGAGCGUGAGGAUUUGGUGCCCUCCAUUGUCACAGCCAAACACUUGGAUUUCUUCAAAGCGGAACCCAUUACCAAGUAUAAGCCCGGCGUCUUCGAUGAUGGCAUGCUCCAGAAAAUGGAUGAAGAAGAUGCGACAGUGUGGGCGCGGUACUCAUCUGCCCAAUUUGACCAGGGUGCAGGCAGACAGGCAUGCAACAACCCCUAUGACAAAGCCGUGGACGACAAAGUCUAUGCAGACAUGAAGGACUCCAUCUGGUCCCAGACCCUGUUGAAGAAGCUGUUCAAUGGGGAGACCAUUCCAAGUGAUAUUGGCUCUGACAAUGGAUUCCCUGCUGUUGGUGAGACAGAGGACCUCGAGCAGGAGCUUGCCCACAUCUGGGAUAACAUGGAUGACUUCCCUGACAACACAGAGAUUCAGCCCUCUGAUGAGCCCAGUUGUGAAGGAAAUCUCAUCCACAAGCGGUUUGUGAAUGCCAUUUGCUAUGAUCUCAAUGGUCCUGUUUCCGUUCUUCAUGAACAAAAGGUUUGCACUUCCCGCAACUGUCGCACCAGCUACGGCCACAACUAUGGCAAGAAGAUCAACACCAUUGGCAUCCAACAGUUAGGCAACAGUGUGCUGUUUGUCAACUCCAAGAAGGCGUUCGCUCUGAACUUCUUGAAGUACCAUGAAGAGCUAAUGUUUCGCGGUCACGUGAGCGCGCUCGCGGUGGAGCAUGCGUACUUCGCAACCCACAGCCCACACAUGUCCAGUGAGAAUGACAUUAUCGUGGACUUCCGCAAGCUCUAUCACACGGGUCUGUUCCACUACCUUGCAUUGAAAGAGUUCCAACCUCUCGAUCGCCACCUUUCCAUUGUCAUAGAUGAUGAAAUCCCUGACAACACGAUUGAGCUGUACGAUGCCUACUGCCACGGGACCCUCUUUCCUCCUAUGAACAAGCAAAAGGUCAAGAUCGUGGUAGGGGAUGGCAACAUGCGCCUCAACAUGUUGUGCCAGGAGGGCCCUAAAAGGAGGACUGGCCGACCUCGUGCAGGGCGAGCAAGCGUUGGCAAACAUGCCAACGGGUGGUUCAUGGUGUGCGACCCCUCCACGGGCAAGAUCCUAGGCUUGCGUGUAAUGAAGGAGCCAGAGAACACCCAGCACGUGCUCCAAAUGCUUGAUGCAGUGGUGUGGCUGUACCCGAAGCUGAACACCUUUGUCUACGAUCGGGCUUGCUCCAUUGUCCGCGCUGCUCAUGAGGAAGACAGCCUUGGGCAAAUCGAGCACUACAUCGUGGAUUGGUUCCACGCCUACCGCCACAACAGCAAGUGCAAAUGCAACCCCAGAAAGGUUCGGAAGCUUGGCAAGAUCGUCAAGAAUGUCAACACAAGCAUUUGCGAACAGAUAUUCUCUUGGUUUCGCCACUACUCUACAGCCUUCAACGAGCUCCGCACCAACAGGCACAAGUUUGUGAUGCUGUACAUGGCAAAGCGCCACAACCUCGCCGUGGAAGCCAACCAGGCACAGAGCGAGCUGCUGGCCAGCCAGGGUGUCAGCCUUUUGGCUGCCGUGUCGCAAGCCUCGGCGCCGGUGCCCGCGGCAGCGAGCGCUUCGAGCCGCCCCUCAGCAGCUCGCCUCUUCGACGAGAGUCCCGCAGAGGUCUCCAAGAGGCCCUCAGCUCAGCUGUUCGAGGGCAACCCGGAGGCGCCAGUGCCAUCGGCAGCUGGGCUCUUCGAUGAGAGCCCCACCAAGGUGGCCCCGAAGGAGAUCCCCGCGUCGCUGCCAUCGGGCGGCCAGGCGCCUGCAUCCGGGCUUGGGAAGCUGUCAGCUGGGCUUUUCAAUGAGGAGCCAGCGCUCGUCUCCGGCGCAAUUGCGAGGCCGUCGGUGGUGGCGCGGGAUCUCUUUGGUGACGAGCCGACUGUGACCAAAUCCCUCUUCGGAGUGCCGAGCGGCAGCGCCGGCUCCGCCUCGGGCAAGAGGAGUCCAAGACAAGUGGAAGCCCAGGCAGCGCCAGAGUCGGCACCAGAAGAAGUGCCCCCUGCAGCACCAGAAAUUCCAGCAGCACCGGAGCCGGCGGCUACAGCAGAGGCGCCGGCUGCACCGGAACCGGCAGUGAUAGCAGCACCAGAGGCACCACUGACGUCUGCAGCGCCGGCAACACCGGCCGUGCUUGCCUCAACUGCGGCUGGGCGCCUGGCGGCUUUGCGCAGAAAUGACUCGGGCUCAGACAGUGAUGACUGGGGACCGCCCCCAAAAUCUGCUGGCCCCGCCGCCCCAACAUCUGCCGGGCUCACUGGAGAGGCUGCGCCGAAGGAGCCUGCUGCUGGGCUCUUUGGAGGGGUGCUGCCGAAAGCGUCUGAUGCUGGGCUCUUCGGAGGGGCGUCGAGGGCAUCUGGUGCUGGGCUUUUUGGAGAUGCUACGCUGAAGGAGCCUGAUGCUGGGCUCUUCGGAGGGGCGGCGCCGAAGAAGCCUGAUGCUGGGCUGCUUGGAGAGGUGCCAAAGACAACGAGUGCUGGUCUGUUUGGGGAUGUGUCAAACCCCCUGCAGCCUCAGCUUGUGCGCAAAUCCAGCUUGGACAGCCACUCGGACACCGAGCCAGAGCACCAGGUGCCUUCCGCGCUUUUGGCGCUUGAGCCGUCAGCGGCACCUCAAGCAGCGCCAGCACCCCAAGCAGCGCUCGCGCCCCAAGCGCCGGCUCCGGCUCCGGAGGGCGGGUCCAGCCUCUUCGGGUCAAGCCGUGCGAUGCGCAGCAUCUUCGACGAUGAUGACGACGACUUCGUGGUGAAGCCGGCGGAGAAGGGACGGAGCAGCCUGGACGCCCUCUUUGGCAAGGCGAACACCUCAACGGGGCCCGUUCCUGCAGCAUCGCCCUUUGCCCCUCCACCGGUGGCAGCUAGUGCAGCCCCGGCGACAGCUGCGUUUGCGGAUCCCUUGCGGGGAGGUGGAGCGCCGUGCCCGGCCCCGGCUCCGGCCGAGGCGCCGGCGCCGGCGCCAAAGCCGAAGGUAGCGCCAGACCCUUUGGGGGGCCUUCGGGUCAAGCCGUGA